AUGGGAAACACGACAGCCGUGGAGGUGAACAGUUACUUUUCAGAACCGGUAGAUGCCAGAACAUUUCGCGCAUUAAUAGUAUCGUGGGCAUUACUCGGACUUAUCUCUGCUGGACUGAACCUUUUCGUGUGCGCCAUGGUGAUCUUUAACAAAAAGCUUCGCACAAUGACAAACUAUCUUGUUCUCAGCUUGUCUAUCUCUGAUCUGAUGGUAGCGGUUGUGUUUGUCCCUGUGUACAUCAUCGAUCAUUACGUCAAGACAGUCAUCGCAGGCUAUUUUGUAGCCUUCGUCUUAUUAACAACGGUUUUCAAUCUCUGUGGCGUCACAUACGAGCGUUAUAUCGCGUUGACACGACCUUUUCGUUAUCGAGCGAUCAUUAACAACCAAAAUGUGGCCGUGAUUAUCAGUAUCUCUUGGAUCCUUCCACUGAUUCUGUCUCUUCUUCCGUUGGCUUGGAACACCGACGCGACUUCCACCAUUCACAAAGCCUACCUGGCGACUAUUUUGGCCACUUGCAUCUUCAUUCCAUGUACGACAAUGGUGUGUGUUUACAUGGGUCUGUUAAGGGUGGUACAUCGUUUUGUGAUAAGAAAUAAGAAACGGACGUGCAAAGGUAACAAUACCGGAUACCGGGCGGGCAACGAAGAGAAAGCAGCAAGAGUAUUUGCCAUCGUUCUUGCGAUGUUCCUGGUUUGUUGGCUUCCUCUCAUCUACAUCAACAUCUGUUUGAUAACAGACCAGAGACAUCUUCUCUCUAAUGAACUUAUACUAAUCUCUUUUUACACCUUAGUUCUCAACUCCAUACUGGACCCUGUAAUCUUUGCACUUUAUAAAAAAGACUUUCGUGAGAUGUUGAAGAAGCGCUUAAGGCUCAAAUGUCCCGGCAAAGACCAAAAUGGCCACCCCAAAGAAGAUUCUGACAUGGGUUUAAGAAGGCUCUCUUUGAAAACCAAUAACUUUGAGGAGGUUACAUACCCCUAA